UACGCCCGCGAGUGUUGAAGAUCUGGCGUGGCGAGUAGGCGAGUGAGGAUCCCGCCCGCAAGCUGCUGUUUGGGGUAUCUCUGGAGCAUUUGGAUAAUGAAACAGUUGGUAUGCAGUGAUGUCGACACUCUGUCCACCACCAUCUCCAGCAGUUGCCAAGACAGAGAUUGCUUUAAGUGGUGAAUCGCCUUUAUUAGCCGCUACCUUUGCUUACUGGGACAACAUUCUUGGUCCUAGAGUGAGGCACAUUUGGGCUCCAAAAACAGAACAGGUCCUACUCAGCGAUGGAGAAAUAACUUUUCUUGCUAACCACACCUUAAAUGGGGAAAUCCUUCGAAAUGCAGAGAGCGGGGCUAUAGAUGUAAAGUUUUUUGUCUUGUCAGAAAAAGGAGUAAUUAUUGUUUCACUAAUCUUCGAUGGAAACUGGAAUGGUGAUAGGAGUACAUAUGGACUAUCAAUUAUACUUCCACAGACAGAACUUAGCUUCUACCUCCCACUUCACAGAGUGUGUGUUGACAGAUUAACACACAUUAUCCGGAAAGGAAGGAUAUGGAUGCAUAAGGAAAGGCAAGAAAAUGUCCAGAAGAUUGUUUUAGAAGGCACAGAGAGAAUGGAAGAUCAGGGUCAGAGCAUUAUUCCAAUGCUUACUGGUGAAGUAAUUCCUGUAAUGGAACUGCUUUCAUCUAUGAAAUCACACAGUGUUCCUGAAGAAAUAGAUAUAACUGAUACAGUACUCAAUGAUGAUGAUAUUGGUGACAGUUGUCAUGAAGGCUUCCUUCUCAAUGCCAUUAGCUCACACCUGCAAACCUGUGGCUGUUCUGUAGUAGUAGGUAGCAGUGCAGAGAAAGUAAAUAAGAUAGUGAAAACGUUAUGCCUUUUUCUGACUCCAGCAGAGAGAAAAUGCUCCAGAUUAUGUGAAGCUGAAUCUUCAUUUAAAUAUGAGUCAGGACUCUUUGUACAAGGUCUACUAAAGAAUGUUUUUCAAGAUGUCUUGCACAGAGACACUCUAGUAAAAGCCUUUCUGGAUCAGGUCUUUCAUUUGAAACCAGGUUUAUCUCUCAGGAGUACUUUUCUUGCACAGUUUCUACUUGUCCUUCACAGAAAAGCCUUGACACUAAUAAAAUAUAUAGAAGAUGAUACGCAGAAGGGUAAAAAGCCCUUUAAAUCUCUUCGGAACCUGAAAACAGACCUUGAUUUAGCAGCAGAGGGUGAUCUUAACAUAAUAAUGGCUCUAGCUGAAAAAAUUAAACCAGGCCUACACUCAUUUAUCUUUGGAAGGCCUUUCUACACUAGUGUACAAGAAAGAGAUGUUCUAAUGACCUUUUAAAUGUGUAACUUAUGUGUAGUUCAUCACAAUCAUAAUUGCUACCAAAGCAGUUCAGUGGUGUGAGAAACAUUCUCUCUGGUCAUGCCUCAGAGUCCUACUCAGCAAUUGUAGUUAAGAUUAAUUUCACUACAGUUGUCACAAGACUGUAAGGGAAUGUCAGGGGCAUCAUUAAAAUGAUUGCCUCUUUUCCUAGAUGUACUCUCUCGGGAUACAGACAUGUUUACAAUUAUAAUAAAUGUUACUGCUAUAUUUUAAAGAUAGAAUGACAAUAGGAUAUAAACUUGACCACAACUACUGUUUUUUUGAAACUUAUGAUUCAUGGUUUACAUAUGAAAGUGACAUCUUGAGUUAGGUUUCACAGAUAUAAUACUAGCUGA